UUGACGGUCGAGCACGUCUUGGCAGCUGAUUUUCCACCUCAUGCGCACACCCGCUUUCCUGUUGAUCGCUUCAACACAACUCUGCUGCUCCUCCCCCCUAAUUUUCUAACACUAAACAAACCAAACCAAACCAAACCAAUUCAUCAUCAUCGCCGCCGCCACCACCACCACCACCAUCAUCAUCUUCUUCUUCUCCAAAAAACAAAUCAGCGCUUCGCCAAUUCCACCCACCACCUGCUCCCCUCGGCUCUCCUUCUCCUAAAUCGCAAGCACUCCCUCCGCCUUCCGCGUUCCUGAUGCAACAGACAGUCCUGCGGUUUCAGUAGCCAGAGGAAGGAGAAAGGGGACAGGCGCCGUUUUCUGUCCUGAGAGGAGAUCCUGCUGGUCCAGUCUUGGUUGUUGAGGCAGGGAGAUUGUAAGGGCCGAGAGAGGGGGAGGGAGAUGUCUCGUGGCGGCGGCUACGGGGAGAUGGGGCAGAAGAUCGACUAUGUGUUCAAGGUGGUGCUCAUCGGCGACUCCGCCGUCGGCAAGUCGCAGCUGCUGGCGCGGUUCGCGCGCAACGAGUUCAGCCUCGACUCCAAGGCCACCAUCGGCGUCGAGUUCCAGACCAAGACCCUCCAGAUCGACAACCGCACCGUCAAGGCCCAGAUCUGGGACACCGCGGGACAAGAGAGGUACCGAGCAGUAACAAGUGCCUAUUACAGAGGCGCAGUAGGAGCUAUGCUAGUGUAUGACAUGACCAAGCGCCAGUCCUUUGAUCAUAUGGCACGGUGGCUCGAGGAAUUGCGAAGCCAUGCUGACAAGAACAUUGUUAUCAUGCUCAUCGGGAACAAAUCGGACCUGGGCACCCUCCGGGCUGUCCCAACAGAGGACGCCAAGGAGUUCGCCGAGCGUGAGAGCCUUUUCUUCAUGGAGACGUCCGCUCUUGAGGCUACCAACGUGGAGAAGGCCUUCAUGACCGGCCUCGAAGAGAUAUACCGCACCGUCAGCAAGAAAAACCUUGUCGCCAACGACGAGGCUAACUCCGGUGGGAACUCGAGCUUGCUGAAAGGAACGAAAGUUAUCAUCCCUGGCCAGGAGCCGGCCCCUCCGGCCAAGGCAGCAUGUUGUAUGUCCUCCUAGAUACCAUCUUGUUCCUGGCAAGUAAAGUUUCUAAGUUGAUCUUGCAGUGUCGACACGCUGAAUGGGUGGGAUUCUUGGGAGGAGGGAUGUAAUUACAUGAAUAGGUGACUCACAUAAAUUGUAAUCUUGUUGAUGAUUAGAUUUUGUAUCUGAUUA